GCCACCAUGGAGCACAAGGUGACUUUCAUCCUGGCCAUGGUCCUCAUGCUGGUCCUCAGUGCACUGGUUGAGGGCCAGACAGAGACCUGCGAUGUACAGGCCAAGGCGCGCAAGAACUGCGGCUUCAGCGGCAUCACGCGGAAGGAAUGUGAGGACAGAGGCUGCUGCUUCAAUAACAAAGUCCGUGGCGUCCCCUGGUGCUUCCACAAGCAAGUUGUGGAAGCUGCUGAGGAAGAAGAGGAAGACUGUCCCUUCUAGCAGCUACUCCUGCGGGGAACCACUGGCCUCCUGACCUGGCACCGCCGUGCGCGUGGUGGCCCAGAGCCCGGCCCUCUGCCAGGAGCCGAAGCGCUUCCCUCCUGCAGCCCGGUCAGGUCACUCAAUGGAGAUUGACACCCUGGUUUUCAUACU